AUGAGCUCAGCCUUGUCUAUGAAUGAAAUCAAUGCAGCCCAUAUGACGAGGGAGGCGACAAGCAGUCGCUGCGGCCAGGUGGGGCACGCCCUGUGGCGUUGGCUGGACCCGUCGCUUAUGCAACGGCCGUGGCUGCCGGGGGCCGCGCACUCUGAUUCACCCAGUGACUCACCUCCGCCGGCGUUCGCGAGGGAUCCGGUCUCAAACGGCGGACCCCACGGGCUGGAGGCGGAGCCGCGCUUCGUCGCCUCGUCGUUCAGCAAGGCGUUCAGCAGCAGCGGCGCGCACGCCUUCAGCGACAGCUUCGCGCUGGGACCCGACGGCGCGCCGCGCCUGCUGCACCGCGCCUUCAGCGCCAGCGCCAGCAACGCGUCGCAGGAGGGCCCCGGCCUGGGCGCGGCCGCCCGCUCCUACAGCGCCGCGCGCGCCGGCGCCACCGCCGACGGGCGAGUCUUCAGCGAGAGCGCCGCGGAGGCCGACGCCUCGUCUGCCGACUCUUCGAGCCGCGCGUUCAGCAGCGCCAGCAACGGCGCGGGCGGCGGAGGCGGAGGCGGCGGCGGGCCGGGCGGCGCAGCGGGGAGCGGGGCGGCGGCCUCCUCCAGCUCCUCCUCCAGCCAGGGCGCCGAGAGCCACGCCUUCACCUCCAGCGAGGGCCAUCGCUUGAGCGAGAGCAGCAGCCAGGCGUCCUCCUCCAGCAGCAGCAGCCAGUCCUCCUCUUCUUCCUCGUCGUCCUCGUCCUCGUCCUCGAGCCGCGUGGGCGUGGCGGGCCCGCGCGUCACGCACCUCACGCCCGUGCCCGUCCCCGUGCCCAUACGCGAGCCCGUGCCGCUCCUGCGCCCCGUCGUGCCCUUCGUGGAGGAGCUGGUGGCCGCCGCGCCGCUCGACGACCAGCUCGACGCCAUCUUGCUCACCACGCCCGUGCCCAUCCUCGAGGAGGUGAAUGUGGUGCCCAUCCACCUGCAGGCCGGCAACCACCUCGCCGGCCACGUCGCCAGCCAGGAUAACCAUCAAUUUCAUUCGACCACGUCGCAUGUCAAUGACAGACGUCGAAAGCCAGUAGGUCCUAUUCGGGGAUAUCCAACCCCCUCUAACGAACAGCACCACAGUACUUCGUCUGGAAACUUCGAAAGUCACAACAGAGGCAGCCAAAACGCCCACUCAGAAUCCAGCAACUCGCACCGAGAAUCCAGCUCCCAGUUUUCGUCAUCUCACCACAAGGAGUCAUCUCCAGUGGUCGUGAUUGGUUACCCGGGCAACCGGCAGGGCAGCCAACACAAACAGCAGCAGCAGCAGCACCAGUACGGCUCCACGGAGUAUCACAUGGGAGGUUCGCAAAUGGUGCAAGGCCAGAGGGUGGGAGUUGGGAAUGCGGACUCCAUUAAAAACAUUCUGGACGCCAUGCAGUCCUUCAUGAAGGGCAGCUCCCACACGGAGUCGCACCGCGAAAGCCACAGCGAAGCCCAUCGCUCCAACGCGCAAGACGGCGGCCGGGUCUCCUACGAGGCGGUGGUCACGGGCGAGGCCCCGGAGGUGCUCUACCAGACGCAGGUGAACAACGUGAACGGCGUCAAAGAAACCUUCCAGCAGAACGGAAAUUCUCAAGGCAACACUAACAUCAACAAUAUAAUCAGUCAAAUCACACGAGACGCGUCCGAGCUAAGCAAACAACGGCCGUACGUAUUUCUAAAGAACCAGCAAGCCAACACGAAAUUUUCAGAAACGCACGGAGGGUUGAAUCCUGAGCUCGUGCACACGAGACCGCACAUGGAGAAUAAAGACAAAGAGCUGCGUCCCCAGUUCCUUCCUAAUGGCUUCGGGGCACCCGUUAAUCCAGCCGGGAAAGACGUUGACGAGUCAUUAACGUACUCCAAGAGCUUCAACGCGGAAAGUCACGCAGAGAGUUCGAGCGGAAGCGACGAAAGGCUGAAUGGCGAUGGCAAGUUUCUCAUGUUCAACGGACGCAGAUACUCGAGCGACGACUUGGCCAGAGAGUUCAACCGCACGCGCCCCACUUUCGCCCCUCAACCUUCCCCGUCGACGCCGAAACCGCAGAUUCACCAGGCCAAUCAAGCCGAAGCCAGUACCCCGUCUUAUGGGCUUCGUCCUCACCCCAACGACAAACACAACCCUGCGAAUCCGCACCCCUCGAAAGCCAGUGGUUCGAAUCCUAAAGGAGUCAUCCCGCCGUUUUUCGGAAAACAUUAUCAUGACUUUGUCCCGCCCGCUUUGUUCGACUCGAGAGAAUUUUCGAAGUUUUUCUUUGACCACUUCCGGCCCGGGCAACCGUUGCCUUCCGCUGCGGACUUCGCGCAAGCAACGGCGCAUGUACCGAGUUCGGUUCCCGACCGCGUUCAUCGCCCGCCUUCCGAUACGUUCCCGACCAACUACUUCAUUUACCCGGGGAGCAUCAAGCACGACAAAGACAUUCCCGACUACGUCGCCAGGGACAUGAGCAACAUGAAGCAUGGCUCCAGCUCAAGCUCUAGUGCCAGUGCCACCUCCAGCUCCAGCUCAGAAUCCACUUCCAGCUCCGAAUCGGAAUCGAGCUCCAGCUCCGAAUCCGGAUCCACCUCCAGCUCCGAAUCCGAAUCCGGAUCCAGCUCCAGCUCCGAAUCCGGAUCCAGCUCCAGCUCAAGCUCCGAGUCUGGAUCGUUUCCCAAUUCCAAAUCCAGCUCAUUGAAACCACGUCGCCCCACUCGCGUACAGUAUUAA